GCCGGAUGAAAAAGAUGGCUGCCAAGCAGUCUCCGCCCAAGUUAAUCGGUGGGUGCGCGCCCCCGCGCGGGACGGUGGUUGCUAUGGACGCGUUGGCGGCCGCUGGCGGGAGGGCACGCGCGCGGGGUCUGCGGGGUGCCGCACAGCCUCUUUAUCCCAGGUCCCCGCGGCGCAGGGCCACGCUCACAGCCCGGGCGACACCAUGAAGUCUCUAAAGAAGGAGUCCCGCCUCAGAAUACCUGCAAACAAAUUCUUGGAGGCCGCAGAAGUCAUUAAAGAAAAGAAGCGGGCAAAGGUAGCUGAACAGCCUACACCCCCCAUUCAGGAAGAACCUGAGCCUGUUAGCAAUAUCCUACAAGGGGAUGACAUUCUUGCCUUAGCCAUUAAGAAGGAAGACCUGAAGAAGCAACACAUUCCUCGCUUUAUUGAGACACAAGAUAGACCUGCCAUCACCCAGAAAUUUAUCAUCCGUAAACUCAGACCCAAGGAUCCAAAGAGGAAGGUCUGCCGCUUAGUAGCACAUCCUGCUACUCCAGAUGCAGCCACGAAGCCCCUGGACUACUCUGGCCCAGGUGGCAGCUUCCAUGACCGUGACCAGAUCCUGCCUCACCACAUCUUGGGGAGUCUCCAGGACUUUAAGAGAAUUGCAGUUGCUCAAGGGAACACCCAGCUGGCUGAGCUGAUACGCACCCCGCCGGGUCUGGUGACCCUCAUCUCUGCUAAAGAAGAGCCGAAGCAGAAAGCCCCAGAAGAAGAGAAGGCACAUCCCUGGGCCCCACCGCCUCAGCACAACUUUCUCCAAAACUGGCAGCGCCACAUCGCCUUGUGGAAGAAGCAGCAGGAAGCCCUCAGUGAACGCCUGAAGAAGCCAGUGAGCGAGCUGCUGAUGCACACUGGGGAGACCUACAGACACAUCCAGGAGGAGCGGGAGCUCAUUGACCGAACACUUUCAGCACAGCAUGAUGGGAAGAGCUGUGAAGAGACCAGUGGGUUCUGGAGUCGCCUGGAAUACCUGGGAGAUGAAUUGACGGGUCUGGUAAUGACCAAGACAAAAGCUCAGCGUGGCCUCCUGGAACCGAUCACUUAUGUCAGGAAGCCCCAGUGCAUCCAGGCGGAGAUGGGACUGCUGGCCCAGAAGGAGGCUCCGUACCGCUACACCUGGGAUCGGAGUCUGUUUCUGAUCUACCGACGCACGGAGCUGCGGAAGGUCAUGGCAGAGCUGGAUUUUAGCCAGCAGGUCAGUAUGCCUCUGUGCCCGGUCCAAAGCCCCUCGAGAUGUGCCUGUCUUCAGUCAGCUAAUCUUCCCUUUCUCGGUCUCUCUGAGGAUAUUGAUGGCCUGGAGGUGGUGGGCAGAGGGCAGCCUUUCACGACUGUUAAGGUGGAAGACUAUUCAGUAUUUGGUAGGAGCCAGGAAAGCUCCUCUGAAGACAUGGUGCCCUUAGACUUGGCCAGUUACCCUGAUGUGGUCCCCAUGCCUAUUCUUGGCCCUUCUCUGCUGUUCUGUGGGAAGCCAGCUUGCUGGAUCAGAGGCAGUAACCCACAGGACAAGCACGUUGGAAUUGCUGUCCGCUUGACCUUUGAAACUCUAGAAGGGGAGAAGACAUCUUCGGAACUGACCACGGUCAAUAACGGCACAGUGGCCAUUUGGUACGUCUGGCGGCGGCGCUCCCAGCUGGACUCCUUCCAAGGCCUGAAGAGAAACAGGAUGCAGCGGUUUUAUUUCAACAAUCGGGAAGGUGUGAUUCUGCCUGGAGAAACGAAAACCUUUACCUUCUUCUUCAAAUCUUUGCAUGCUGGCAUCUUCAGGGAAUAUUGGGAGUUUGGAACCCACCCCACCCUAUUAGGAGGGGCUCCCCUGCAGGUCAAUCUCUACGCAGUCUCCCUGACCCAGGACAUUUUUAGGGAAGAAAGGAAGUUACUGAAGCUCAAGCUGGCUGCCCACGAAGCAGUCACCAUCGUGGAGAGCGUGCUGCAGGAGCUGCUGAGUGGGAUCCUGACCCUGGAGCGUGUACAGUCCCCUGUGGACGCCUAUCUCACUGAGGAGGACUUGUUCCACCAUAGGAAUCCUCGGCUGCAUUACCAGCACCAAGUGGUGCAAAGCCUGAACGGGCUGUGGCGCCAGUUCUUGAACGUGCCCCCCAAGGCCGAGGAGGCCAGGCCCGGCAAGGAUGAGCACCUCAGCCCCGGGGCCCGGGCUGCCGCGCCCCGGCCAGCCUCCUUGGAGAAGCCCUCUGUGAGCAGGGAGCCUUCAGCACACUUUAAGAGCCCAGUCCCAGAAUCGCAACCGAUCCGGCAGGAGAAUGAGGCCCGAGAUGCUUUUGGGCCCCAGAAGCCUGGAGCGGGGGCCCAGGCUUCUCAUUGGAAGAGCAUUAUGGAGGAGAUCCUGGUGGAGGAGAGCCCAGACCUGGGGAACACCAAGAGCCCCUGGGAGCUACAUGGCCUUCCCCCCACCGAGUGGAAUCUCUGCUUGGAGGAUUUCAGAAAGGCAGUGAUGACACUCCCUGAGGAGAACCAGAGGGAGGACGCCCUCAUCAGGCUCAACAAAGCAGCCCUGGAGCUGUGCCAGGAGCAGAGGCCCCUGCAGUCCGACUUCCUGCACCAGACAUGUUUGCAGCUGUGGCGGGAUAUGAUCGAUGGCCUGGUGAGCCAUUCCCUGUGGCUGAGGGCUCUGCUGGGCCUGCCCGAGAAGGAGACCAUCUAUUUGGACAUUCCAGAAGAGCAAGAUCGAAAGUCUCCUCUUGGCACGGAAGUGAAAGUAACCACCACGAAAUUUGGGAAGGAGGACCGGAAAGGGGUAGCCCAGGAAAAGAAGCAGCUGGGAAUCAAAGAGGACAGAAAAGCAGCCAAGUUGCUAGGGAAAGAGGACCGUUCAAACAGCAAGAAGCACAAGGCAAAGGAUGACAAGAAACCAAUGAAAUCUUCAAGUCGGGACGGGCUUUCCUUGGAAGAACCUGCCCCUGAGGGCACAGCCACUUUUCAGGAGCCCACAGAUCCCCUGGUCAUGGAGAAGUACACCAAGAGACUGCACACGGAGGUGAGGGCACGAGCCCUGCGCCCAGCCCUGCCCUUGCUCACACCUGCUCUUCGGGCCUUCCUCCCCUCCCUCAUCCAUCCCAUUUAUUCCACGAACAGUCAACACCUAGUGUGUCCGUGCUGGAAGAUGGAAGCAGAGCUGCCCUUGUGAAGGGCAUCCCGGUGUGCGAGACAGACCUCGUGCAUAAGCAACACACCCUGUACGUUAGGUGGCAAGCACUCUGCGAGAGAGAGAGAGAUAACCCAGAGCCGGGGGUGGGAAAGGCCAGGGUGCGGCGGGGGAGCCUCCCUGAGAAGGUGACAUCUAACAGACUCGAAGGGAGGUGAGAGGUGGCCCUGUGGCCAUGGAGAAGAGUGCCCUAGGCAGAGGGGGCAGCUAACGUAGGGGAGGGAGGGGGCCGGGAGGACAGAGGACAGAGAGGCCACUGAGAGGGAACAAGUCACAGGUCAGGUGAGGCUCUGCAGGCCAUUGUGUGGACUUGGGGUUUUCCUGAGUGAAAUGAGAAGUCCACGAGGGUUUGAAUGGAGGAGUGACACAGUCCGACUUGGAAGAUCACUCUGGCUGCAGUUAGGAAAACACACUAGAGGAACCGAGCAGACGCCCCUCCCUUUCUGCUGCUCCCACUUCCUCUCUGCGUGAGGUGCACCUCGGCAGAGGUGUCCCUUGGGGGAACAGCGCGUCAUAGAGUGAAUUUCCAGCAAGCGUAAGCGUUGUGACGCACUGGAGAGACUUGAUGCUGGUAUGUUCUUAAGCAGCAAGUCCUUAGAGAUUCGCCCAGGUAUUGUGUUCUGUUCAUUGUUAUUGUUUCGGAGGAGAGGUCCACAAAGCCACCCUCGAUUGUCACUGUGUCUAAUGGCGGUGCUUUGUCGGCCUCCAGUGUGGACGGCUAGAUGGGAUUGCGUCAUGUACAUUGGGGUAACGCUCUGGACUGAGUUUGAACAGAAGCUCCAUUUGUUGCUGGUGACAUCAUGGCGAUUUCUGAAGGUUGAUGGGGUUUAGAAAGGAAUCCGAGGGCUCUCUGCAAUGAAGAAUCAGCUUGCCAAGGCUCAUGUGGCCCAGUCCCACGGGAGGGCACGGUCCUGGAGACAUUUCAGUCUGAGGAUCUGUGAUCUUACCAGAAGUAAAGCUGGCCUCUGGGUGGCGGGGGUGGAGCUGGACCACCCCCGGGGGUAAAUGGGCGCCAUUCCCUGGAAUUACCCCUUUAACCACUCCAGGCUCUUGGGCCCCCAUAUGUCCCAAGGGCCUGGUGCAGGAUUGCUUCCCCCAGACGGUUUGAAAAAUAAAACUGUCUGCAAAAACAAAAGUUCUACAGAAUCUCCGCAGGUUUGGUUUUACCCCUGCUGCCGCUCUCCCGUCCUGGUGUAGACCUGUCUACCCUCAUUGCAUGCUGGGUGCUCUCUUGUGGAGGUGCCUUCCACAGAGCAACCCUCUGCCUGUGAUUUCACCCCAU